AUGAAUCUCUCAUUACCUCAGCUAUGUAAUGUUGCAGAUCUCAGAUAUGGAUGGACACAUUUGGUUGGUGAUGGAAGUGAUCAUGGAAAAGAGGAACAGCAAAUCACAAUACGAAUUGGAGCACUCGACCUAUAUAGAGUGCUAAAGAUGAAUGCCAUGUUAUAUGUAUAUAACAACUGGUCAGAUAUAGUGGACCUCAUCCCUUCAGACUUCAGAGGGAGGGAGGGAGAGAGAUGGGAAGGGAUUGGAAUUGGACCUUGGCAUUUGGUUGCUGUUGCAGCUGCGCUGGGGACCACGUCCCAUGGCGUGGAGGCACGGAAGGACUAUGAUGUGAGUAAGGUCAUCCACGUGGGAGGGAAAGUGAUGUGCCAGGAUUGUACCAAGGGCUGGAAUCUGUGGGUCCACGGUGCCAACCCAAUCAACAGUUGCCGGGUGGCCGUGACGUGCAUGGAUGCCCGCCGGUGGGUGGUGUACCAUGCAAGCGACGACACCGAUGACGAGCGCGAUGAAUUCGACCUGUCGGUGACCAAAUACAUCUACAGCAAGGAGCUCCGAUCGGAGGGCUGCACCGUGAGGCUCGUCUCCUCGCCUGGCCACACCUGCAAUAUUUUGACCAACUUCGACGGUGGCCCCGGUGUGAAGCUCCACCGCCCCUCCCACGUGUACCCUGGCCUGGUCAAGUACACGGUAGGGCCCUUCUUCUUCACAUCCUCCAUGUGCGAUGAGCCCUGCCAGUUACGUGACUACUGA